AUGCAUCAGCAAUUCAUUUCUCUCAAACAUCAAAAGUCCAGUAACGCCCUCCUAGGAGCUCACUCUCAUAGGCAAAAUCAUGAUCAAGAUGAUCAUUCCCACCAUAGUGAUCACCAUACCUACCAACCUUAUGAUCACUAUCAACGCCCUCCUAGGCGUCAUCACAACCAUAGAGAACAUCAUGUAGAACCUAAGCUUGACCUUCCUCCUUUCUAUGGAAGAGAUAAUGUUGAAGAAUACUUUGAGUGGGAGAUGAAGNUUAAAGCUGAACAAUCUAAGUCAAAGAAAUCACUGUGGUAUCUUGACGGUGGUUGCUCAAGACACAUGACUGGUGACAAGAAAAGAUUCAUCUCUUUUGUGAAAAAGAAGGAAGGAUUUGUAACUUAUGGGGAUAACAACAAAGGCAAAAUAAUGGGAACCGGAAACAUUGGAGGAGGAAACACAUUGACGAUAAAAGACGUCUUAUACGUUGAAGGUCUCAAACAUAACCUUCUAAGCAUAAGCCAACUAUGCGACAAAGGUCUUAAGGGAAAAGAACAAAGGACUUCAAGAAAGCCACCUAGAGAUACCAAGGGUAGGGAGACUAGAUGUUUCAAAUGUGGAGCAAGAGGACACUAUUCAACUGAGUGUCACUUAAAAAAGUCAACCUAUAUCCUUGAACAUGAGAGUCCAAGUGAUAAGUCAUCUUCUAGCGCGUGUGAGUUGUCCUCAUAUGAAGAGGAACAUGAAGCUCCACCUUGUGAUGAAGAUCUUCUCAUGGUUAGAAGACUCCUUGAGGCAAAGCAUGUUGAGUUAGAACAAACUCAACGAGAAAACCUAUUCCACACAUGCUGCAAAUUUUUUGCUAAAACUUGUUCUAUGAUUGUGGAUAGUGGUUCUUUUUGUAAUUGUUGUAGCUCUAGAAUGGUUGAAAAGCUAGGCUUAACUCCUACUCCCCAUCCUAACCCUUACAAACUUCAAUGGAUCAAAGAGGAUGAAGGAAUCGUUGUUAAGGAACAAGUAAGUGUUCCCAUUUCCAUCGGCAAGUAUGAAGAUCAAAUCAUUUGUGAUAUUGUUCCAAUGGAAGCGGGUCACAUUUUACUUGGGCGACCUUGGCAAUUUGACAAACAAGCUUUGAAUUAUGGACUUUUGAAAGAAUUUGAUGAUUUAUUUCCUAAAGAGGUUCCAAGUGGAUUACCACCUCUUAGAGGAAUUGAACAUCAAAUUGAUUUGAUUCUUGGCGCUAGCCUUCCCAAUAGGCCAACUUAUAGGACUAACCCCACAGAAACCAAAGAAAUAGAGAAGCAAGUUAAUGAUUUAUUGGGAAAAGGGUGGAUACAAAAGAGCCUUAGCCCUUGUGUGGUGCCAGUGUUGUUAGUCCCUAAGAACGAUGGUUCUUGGCGACUGUGCUUCAAAGUUGGGAAGGAAGGUAUACAUGUUGAUCCUAGCAAAAUCAAAGACAUCCAAGAGUGGCCUAUCCUCAAAACAGUGGGAGAAGUACGAAGUUUUCUAGGUCUAGCAGGUUUCUAUAGACGUUUUGUAGAAAAUUUCUCUACUAUUGCUGUUCCCCUAAAUGAACUUUUAAAAAAGGAUGUGCCAUUCAAAUGGGAUGAAAAGAAAAGUCUAGCCUUUGAGACCUUAAAGCAUAAGUUAAGGCAUGCACCCAUUCUACAUUUACCUGAUUUUUCCAAAGCUUUUCAAGUAGAAUGUGAUGCUUCCGGGGUAGGAAUAGGAGUUGUGCUUAUACAAGAAGGUCACCCUAUAACUUAUUUUAGUGAAAAACUUAAGGGACCUACUUUGAACUAUCCUACCUAUGACAAAGAACUUUAUGCCCUUAUUCGAGCAUUGAAAACUUGGGAACAUUAUUUGGUGUUUAGAGAGUUUAUUAUCAACACUUACCAUGAAUCUCUCAAGUAUAUUAAAGGGCAAGGAAAGCUAAACAAGCGACAUGCAAAGUGGAUUGAGUACCUUGAGCAGUUUCAGUACGUCAUCAAACAUAAAAAGGGGAGUAUUAAUGUUGUUGCAGAUGCUUUAUCUAGACGACACGCAUUGCUAGGGUAUCUUUUUAAUAAAGGAAAACUAUGCAUACCCCAAGGAUCUAUUCGAAAGCUUCUUAUCAAGGAAAGUCAUGGUGGAGGACUCAUGGGCCAUCAUGGAGUUGAUAAAACUCUUCAUACUUUGAAAAGCAAAUUUUAUUGGUCACACAUGAGAAUAGAUGUCCAAAAGCAUUAUUCUAGUUGCAUAGCUUGUUUACAAGCUAAGUCUAAGGUCAUGCCUCAUGGACUCUACCUUCCUCUCCCAAUAGCUAGUACCCCAUGGGAAGACCUUAGUAUGGAUUUUGUCUUAGGUCUCCCAAGAACUCAAAAGGGGUUUGAUUCCAUCUUUGUGGUGGUUGAUAGAUUUAGUAAAAUGGCUCAUUUCAUACCUUGCCACAAAGUAGAUGAUGCUAGCUAUAUAGCAAACCUCUUCUUUAAAGAAGUAGUCAAAUUACAUGGAUUACCCAAAACUAUAGUUUCUCAUAGAGAUGUUAAGUUCCUUAGCUACUUUUGGAAAACACUUUGGGCCAAGCUAGGAACUAAACUACUAUUUUCUACUACAUGUCACCCACUAACUGAUGGGCAAACAAAAGUAGUAAAUAGGUCUCUAUCCACUCUAUUAAGGGUAAUGUUGAAGGGCAACAUUAAAAAUUGGGAUGAUCACUGCCUACCUCAUAUAGAGUUUGCUUAUAAUAGAGUAGUUCACAAAACUACUAAACUUUCUCCUUUUGAGGUUGUUUAUGGUUUUCAUCCUCUCACACCACUUGAUUUACUUCCUCCUCCUUUAGUUUGGCUUCACUUGAGAAAAGAUAGAUUUCCUUCUCAACGUAAAUCCAAAUUAAGCCCAAUAGGCGAUGGACCUUUCAAGGUGGUAAAGAAAAUUAAUGAUAAUGCAUAUCAGUUAGACCUUCCCGAAAGUUAUGGCAGUUCAAACACUUGUGCCUCUUCUGCACCCUCUCCUCUCGCUUCCUUCCCUCUUGGAAGGCUUUCGGAGCUUGAGAAUGCUUGCUUCUUCCACACACCUUCAUUGAAGCCUUCAUCAAACACCUUCCAUGAUUGA